AUGUCCCAGAGCCUCGUCCUGCAACCUCCUCACUUCGAGGAUCGCAACAAAGCUAUCGUCCUCGAAGAGCUCCUGGGCCGUUUUGUGAAGGAUAUGGACCUUCCGCUUGACAAUUUCAGGCCACCGAUACCAGUUUCAAUUGGCAAAAUCAUCGCACCGUACAAGUUAGAGUCAGACCCAGUCAGCUUCAGGCAAUAUUGUCAGAUGAAGGCUGAAGCGCAGAUGCACGGAAAGAUGACAAACGCGCUGCAAUUUGCCCACAAAAACACCCAUGGUACCUAUGUCGACCUUGAGCUGACUCAAGCAACUACACUUAAUCUUCACAGCGUUGAAGACGCAUUCAGAGCACUAGCGACCUACGGCAAGACAUGGUUCGAAGGCGUGGAGCAGAUGUGGAAGGACAACAAUUAUAAGCUAUACUGGAUUGUUGGAAUUACUAUUGUCCAUGGUGGCAAGAUUGAGAGCAAUAAGGACCAUGGCCGGGAGACCAAUGUCGGAACAAAGGGACUAGGAAAAGCUGCAGCUAAUGCAGCUUUGGCCAGCCAAUGCUUACCUACAGUGGUUGAUAGCGAGGCAGUAGAUCUGCGGUAUCGGUACGCGAAGAAAGGCGAAGGAAGCUCACGGGGUCAAGUUGAGUUCAAAGGCCGCUGCCUCUACUCGUUGCGAUACUACGAAAUCGGCACAAAGGGAUUUCUGAUAUGGAAGCCAAACCCAAAACAUCGUGUUCGCUUCCAGCCUCACACUCCUGUUAGUUAUUACAUGCUGUCUAAUCCCGCCCUUCACGAAGAGGGUGACGCUACACCAGAAAUGCACUUUGAUGAGGAAGGGCUGAAAGAAGACUUAAAGCGCGUUCGUGGCCUUGUGAUUCAACAGCCUAUGGCAGGUCAAGCCAAGGAGCGCGCUGGUGAAGAGACUAACAGCGAGCCGAUGAGAAUAGCAAUGAGUGAGAUAUGCGUGACGGAGGGUAGGAUUCAGCAACAGGUCACUGUCAUAGAAGCUGUGAUUGGGGUAACUCUCCUUAUGCUGGCGAUAUGGAUAAUUUGGAAGGUUCGGGAAGGGAGGGUUUAG